AUGUCUCUUUUAGCUGUUGAAAGGAAUAAUCCCCUCGGAACAUCGAAUAAUUCGACAAGUACUUUGGUCGAUGCUUACAAUGAGAUCAGCAUUAGAAGUGAAAAAAAUGAUGAGGCAUUAUCUCAAUAUAUGCUGUCUUUGAAAAAUGACCCAAGAAUCUCCGAAGUUGCCAUUGAACCAUCACACGAUGCCAUUUCCAAAGCGUUGGAAGAUCAUGUCACAAGGGUUAAUGACGACACAUGUGAACCUGGAGAAGAAAAUUCUUUUUUUAUCUGCGAUAUGAAUGAGUUACGCAACUUGUACAAUAACUGGAAAUCUGAGUUACCAAGAAUUCAACCAUUUUACGCUGUUAAAUGUAACAAUGAUAUCAAUAUUUUGAGAAGAUUGGCAUCAUUCGGUGUUAAUUUCGAUUGUGCUUCAAAAGUGGAAAUCGAAACUAUCUUGAGUAUGGGUGUUUCUCCAGAAAGAAUCGUCUAUGCUAACCCGUGCAAAGUUUCCUCCUAUAUCAGAUUUGCUCAGUCUAGAGGUGUCAACAAAAUGACUUUCGACAAUGUAGAAGAAUUGUGCAAAAUUAAAAAAUUCCAUCCAGAUGCCGAAGUCAUACUAAGAAUCACCACCGAUGAUUCCACUGCUCAAUGUCGGUUGUCAACCAAGUAUGGUGCAGACCUUGAAUCUGUUAGAACUUUAAUUGCCAAAUGUAAAGAAUUACAAUUAAACUUAGUCGGUGUCAGUUUCCACGUUGGUUCAGGAGCUUCUGAUUUCAGUUCACUAUACAAAGCCGUAAGAGAUUCCAGAUUCGUUUUCGACGUUGCAGUCAACGAAUUUGAUUUCCCAAGAUUCAAGAUUUUAGAUGUCGGUGGUGGAUUCCAAUUAGAAUCCUUUAGAGAAUCUUCAGCUGUCUUAAAUAUGGCAUUGGAAGAAUUUUUCCCAGAAGAGGCUUUUAAGGAUUUAAAAGUCAUCGCAGAACCAGGUAGAUACUUCGUAGCCACCACAUUCACUCUAGCUGCCCACGUCAUUGCCAAGCGGAAAAUUAACGAAAAUGAAUCUAUGAUUUACAUCAAUGACGGUGUAUAUGGUAACAUGAACUGCAUUCUAUUUGAUCACCAAGAACCAAUACCACGGACCCUAUACCAUGACAAUCAAUUCCAUUAUUUCGAUUUCGAUUCUACUUCAUCAGUACCUACCAAAUCCCAUCCAUUUAAAGUUUCCAUCUGGGGUCCAACAUGUGAUGGUUUAGACUGUAUCGCUAAAGAAUACUAUAUGAAACACGAUUUGAUAGUGGGCGAUUGGUUCUACUUCCCAGGUCUUGGAGCCUACACAUCCUCAGCAGCCACUCCAUUCAAUGGCUUUGAUCAAAAUGUCAGCACUAUAUACAUAAACGAAUCCUCUAUAUGA